UUCAAAACAAACACGCUGCUUUUGUAGCAUAUAUGAGAAAUGCAAGAAAAGGUAAAGAUGAAUUAAAUAGAAGUAUGGACUAGCUCAGAAGAUCUAUGCUCGGCUCUAGGGAGGUUGAGGUACAGUAAUACCACAGAAGACACAAAAUGUACUUUUAAGUGGCUUGGUGCGUUAUUAUUUGGUUUAAGUGCAAACAGUGACAAAUUAUUUACAAUAUUUACCAACGGCAGUAAAAUGGUAUAGAGGGUUUGGGAAUUCCUAUAGCUGUUUGAUGAAGUGCACUUCAAUCGAGUUCAUUUGUUUCUUACAAAUAAAGAAAUCACAAUUGAACAGUGGUUCAGCACAGUCCAGGGUGUAAAUGCCCUUAAGAUCACACCAAGCACAAAAUCACAGUAUUCACAAUAAAGGGUCAGUGGCCACAACAAUGUGUGGAGCGAAUGUCCAUCUCAUAGAGACCCAGAGUCCAUGGUAUAUGUGGAAAUUGUCCAGGACCGCGCGCAACAGAGUUCAUAUGUGAACAGAUAAAGUGACCAGUGCAUAGGUGGGAGAGAACUGGCUGCCAACACCCCUACCAGACCGCAGGAGGAUGUUGAAGUGGUUCGGUUCCCUUUGGGUCUAGCUCGCCUCGUAGCAUGGGGGUUGUCCCCAACCGCCCACACCUGGCCUGUAUAUCACAGACAGGGCCACUAUCAGUAAAUCAAUCAUAAUUAUCAUUAGCUAGCUCAGUGUACACAAAUCCAUUAAUCAGUAUGCAAAAUCCAUUAUACAUCAGAAUAUGGAAAUACAUUUUCAAAUAUCAACCCCGGUUUAGCUUUAAAGAGGAUUGUUUUAAAAUGUAAUUUAAGGUGCAUAACAUUCAGAAUACACAGUAAUCAAAAGCAGUAGCUCACUAUUUAAACAGUUAAUUCUAUUUGGCCAAAUCAAGUUAAAAAGUUUGAUUAUCGUUUUGGGGGUUAGCAUAACAAUGAAUCGCAUUACAGCAGCGAAGUUGGUUGCCGAUCGCAUUGCUAUGCUAACGCUACAUAAGCUAACCACACACAACAAUAGCAUUCAGACUCACCAAUUCCCCUCGUAAUUCAGUCCCCGCUAGAACCCGGAUGUCUGCAGCGACGGUACGCGGCUUCUACAAGUUUUAUAAUGCACAAAGUUUUAGAGAACGAUCAACAAUAUAUAUAAGUUGAAGUAGUUUGUUCGAGACUAACCGUGUUAGCAGCGUCCUGUAGCCUGUCUCCUCACCGGUGUGUGUGAGGGAGAGCGCACCGGUGUAUUUGAUUGCGGCCCUGGCGAACCUGAUUGGCUGAGACGUUCCGUCUUCCGUCAUGUGACUGGGUUGCAUUCACAGACGUUAUAAAAGACCGGGGAAUAUUUUUAUAUUAUAUAAAUGUUUAAUAAUUUUAUUAUAAAAUAUAUUUUCAUUAUUUUCCAAGGAUGCAUAACUUCUAUGUGGGUUACACUUUGUAAAUGACACACGUCACGUUGGGGAAAUCAAUCUUUUAUUGCCUGAUGAUGAUGAUGAUGAUGAUGAUGAUGAUGAUUGUAGUCCCUCUGGAGACCAGGGUGUCCAAACCGCUCCCUCUGAGGGCCGCACGCAGUCCCUAAACAACAUGGGGGCCAUGUCAUUCAUCAAACCAACUGCCUGCAGGCCCUCUGGCCGCACUUUGGACACCCCCGCUGCCUCCAUCCUGUUAGCGCUUUGAACAAGAGUGUUGCUGCGACCUUCAUGGGGUGAUAGGAUUAAGGUUGUUAACCUGAGCCGUACUCCUUUAAGGAGCUGUGGAGACGCAGCCUUGAUGCUCUCUCCUUAAUCACGCACACAUACGCACACACACACACACACACACACACACACACACAAACACACACACACACAGUUAGCACAGCUGUAAUAGCAUGCCGGUUUACUAUAAAGGACGCCCCGCCUACAGGGGGCAACACGCUGAGGAAGACAAUGCUAACUUCCUUAGCAUGACAAUGCUAACUUCCUUAGCAUGAGCGUACAACAAAGUGAGCGUCGUGGAAAGAGUUCUUAGUCCCGCUGCUGUCGUCCUGGCGACCAGGGCAAAGCUUCCUGUGUGGUUGCUAUGGCGACAUCAGCAGCCUACUGUUUCUUCUCCUUCAGCUUGUCUUUAAUUUUCUGCGGCUCGUCGUAUUGGAUCAGACGCAGGAUGUCAUGGUUGUCCAUCACGCCCUGGAUGAACUCGCUCUCCGAUAUUUUAUCUGCCAAAGAGAAAUGUUGGCAUUCAUCCUGUUCAUGUUCUUCUACGGGCAUUGAACGCAUCACAUCUGGACCUUCAGGUUGUCUCAGAAGACGUUUGGGCACUUAUCUGAGCAGGCUUCAUGCUCCAUGGCGAGGAAGGGGUUGGUCCUGGUUUGUUCUUCUCUCCUUUAGAGGAGACAUACUUGGUGUCCUACCUAGUGUGUGUCCUAGCUCGUCUCCGAGCAUGAAGUGAUGAAGCCUGCUCAGCUGAGAGAACCUUCUAACCUGAAGUCCACUUGCGAUGCCCUGAGAAGCCCACCCGUGGACCUUCAGGAAGGAAACAAAGCUGCUUCAAUUACCGUUCUCCUCCUUGCCGAAGAAGCUCCAGAUCUUCUCGGCUCUCUUCUCCGGCGUGUUUUCAUCUUCUGGAAGGUUCUCCUGGUCAUCGGCUGGUAUCAUGUUGAAGAUGGACUGCAUGCAAGUCACAUGACCUUUAACGUUAACGUGCGCCUUUGUCUUAGUGGCUACCCAUCUGAGAAGAAGGCGAGCAAGGUGAAGGAGAGGCUCCUACCCUGACGAUCUCCAGGAUCUCGUUCUUGCUGAUGGUUCCGUUGCCGUCCACGUCGUAAAGAGCGAAGGCCCACUCCAGCUUCUGCAGGGUCUUGCCGCCCGAGGUCAGGUGCAGCGCCACAAUGUACUCCUGAAAGUCCAGCGUGCCGUCGGCGUUGGUGUCGAAGCUCCUGAAGACGUGUCUGGCGUAGGCGGUGGGGUCGGCGUCGGGGAAGAAGCUGGCGUAGAUGCCUUCAAACUGCUCCUUGCUGAUCUUUCCACCGGGACACUCCUUCAGGAAGGACUGGUACCAGCUGCACAGCUCGGCCUCCGAGUACUUGGUGUUGGACUUCAGCUCCUCCAGGAGCUCCUUGGACAACGUGCUGCUCUUUGUGUUCCCCAUAGCUGCUGCUUCUCCUUCUUGGCUGUGGUCGCUGUGGCAGCAGAGGAGAUUAUGAUCAUCCAGAUGGCUCUGUGGCAGAUUUAGAAGAUGACCACGUCACCGCGCUAUGACACCUAAGAAGGGGAUUAAACACAGCAGGCUUUGGAAGCUCCUUGCAGCGCCACGACACUGGAGAGCCAAUGGAGAUCUUCACAGCUGGACUUUGUCCUGCUGAGGCACACUGGACUCCAUACUUCCAGAAGUCCCUUUGGUCUCCUCAGAAUGCUGAUGGUCAGGUUCCCAUGAUGACCGGAAGAACCAUCCAUCCAUCUUCUUCGGCGCUGGUCCUCGUUUGGGACAUGGGCGAAGAACGGAGCACCUUGUGGAAUGUGGAAUCUGAACCCUGCGAGGCCGACAUGCCAACCACUUUCCACUGUGCCGUGGUUGUUCAGAGAUGAAACAACAAAUCGAGCAGAGAUUGAACGUAGGCAGUGGACACUGUUCGGAAUGGAAUAUGUUCCACUGUGUUCUAUAUUUCUGCUAGCACACACAGCUUGGAGCUAGCCAGCCUCAAACCUUCACUGGCAGCUCGUGGCUCGCUCCAGCGUCGCCAUGGCUGGGAUCGAAUUUAAUUGUAAACCGGCCUCGAGACUCCUGGGCUCAUUGCAAAGCUGUUAGCAUCCAGGUGGACUUUUUCCUGGUCAAACAGGAGUCCCCCUGGGGGGGUACGACACCGCGGGCAUCACAUCAAACGGGACAUCCCAUUACCUCCAUUCAGCCUCUGUGGAGGACCAGGACCAGGACCAGGAUGACGGACAACCUUAAUAGCGCUGCUACGUCUUAGCAUGUUGGUGUUAGACAGCAAAGAAGGUGAGCAUCUUCAGCAUGAAGAGCUCAGAUUAGCAUUAGCAUUAGCAUUAGCAGCAGCAAAUGCGUUAAUUCAGGCAAGUGUUGUUUUGGGCCCUCACCUCCGUGUCCGCCUACCUUGACCCCAGCAGGGUCACGGACGGGAACGCGUCUUUGGAGAUUGUUUUUGGCCUCGGCGGCGUAAUCCUUCGUGUUCAUCCUGCAUGCCGACUUUCACCAAACCAGAUUAAUUUAAUCUUUAAAAAUGUCCUCGUGUACUUUGGCAUAAUCACAUUACGUUCAGGAGCUCUUUUUCUUUUUGUCACAGAACACAAUGCUCAGCCCCCCCGGGGGGCGGGGGCGCAGGGGGCGGCUAAUACUCUGAUGUAAGCGUACAUGAAGUAAUCUUACUUUGGGAAUAAAAGGACGCCAGUGUCACUUCAGGUUCAGGUUCAAAGGUCAAGGGGGCCUUUGAAGAAGCCCUAGCAGCUCUAGCAAUGGCCGCCAUGUCUUCCACGGAGACGUCAGCGGGACGCCAGCGAGGAGCCCGUGGACGUUGGCAGCGUGACGCCAGAUGAUCCGGUGGCUGCAGCGGGCAGGCGGAGAGUAAGAACCUUGUUGUGGAUUAUAAUCCCUAAUCUGUUCUUUACGAGCGCGGCGGACGCAAGUCUGCCAUAUCAUUUGCCAUUUGUGGCGGGCGAUAUGGCGGCACAGGUCGGGAAGGGGAGGAGCGACGGCGAGGAGCAGAAGGAGCGGACUUUGAGCGGCGCCAACGGGGACGACUCCCUACAGGAAGCGGGUUUCCUGGCGGCCAAGGAGCCUCCACGCCAACCAGAUUAUGAAGAUUUGACGCAUCUGCCGGCAGGCGAAAGACGGUGGCUGCGCGUCAAAAGCCGGGAUUAGUCGCCUUCUCGGUUCCGGCCUGGACCAUGAGGCUGGAGCGCGGACGGCGGGCUUCGCUGGCGCUCACCCUCAACUUCGUGGCGUUCGCCUUCGCCCUGUCGGCCGUGAGCACCAGCUACUGGUGCGAGGGCACCAGGAAGGUGGCCAAGCCCUUCUGCACGGGGCCGCCCGUCAAGGUCAAGCAGUUCUUCUGCAUCCGCUUCAACAGCUCCAACAUCAACGACAGCCGCCUGGUGCAGUACAUCUUCGAGACCGGGGAGGAGAAGUUCCUGCUCAGGAAGUUCCACACCGGGAUCUUCUUCUCCUGCGAGCAGGCCGCAGACAUGAACGGCUUCGACUGCCGAGACUUCUCCGAGAUCGCUCCUGAACACGAACGAGGCGUCCUGUGGCUGUGCAUCGUGGCCGAGACCUUGUACCUGACCUUGCUGUUUGCCGGCGGCGCCCUCAUGACCUUGGAACAGUGUCCUUGCUUCAGCGUCAUGAACAAGCUGAAGCUGAGUGCCUUCGCCGCCUUGUGCACGGCGCUGUCAGGCCUUUGUGGGAUGGUGGCCCACAUGAUGUUCACCACCAUAUUCCAGCUGGCCGUGGCCAUGGGUCCAGAAGACUGGAGGCCCAAAACGUGGGACUACAGCUGGUCUUACGUCCUAGCGUGGGGCUCUUUCGGGACCUGCAUGGGCUCGGCGGUCACGACGCUCAACCGCUACACCAAGACCAUCAUCGAGUUCAAAUUCAAGCGGCGGAACAUCGAGAAGAGCCUGCUGAUCAAGCAGAAGCUGCUGGAGCUGGACCUCCCCGAUCACAUGUGGUACGUGACGGCCGACGCCGAGGCGCCGCCGCUGGAACUGCCCGUCAACGGACACAAGCCGUCCACGGGAAGCGCCUACAUGCUGGAAAUGGACCGUGUCGCCGAGCCGCAAGGAGAGGCGUACUGCUGAAGCGGCGCCCCCUCUGCCCCCGUGGCCCACUGGAACACAUUCCUUGAUCCCAAUUGACUGCUGGAUUUAAAAUCUAAUACCGGAAUAUAUUUGUGUGUGUGUGUGUGUGUGUGUGUGUGUGUGUGUGUGUUUUGUAGGAAUAAUGUAACACGCUCGGCUUUGAGACAACAUGCAUCUCAUCAAAUCUUCCACGUGAUCAUGUGAUAUAACAAGCGGCGGGAGGAUGCUAAGAUGCAGCCUACACGCCGCCUCCUUGACCACGUGACCUUUGACACCGCGCUGCGUCAACGUAUGAACAUCCAGAGAAUCAUGUGACUGGACGUUUGAUGUUACCCAUCUUGCAUCACGCGGUGUGCUGAUUAGCGCCGCCGCUAGUGAGGGGAGGAUGAUUGAUGUACAGACAUGUAUGUUACAUGUAUGUUUGUUGUUGGCGUCCGUCAUCAUGUAGGAACUCAUUCAGCUUUUUACUGUCAACCUUGACGAUUGUUGACAUGACAGAUGAUUGGUUGUAUUUGCUCAUGAACUGUCACUCACUAAAGAUGGCCGCCAAGAGGCUAAUAACUCAACUACAACAUGUCAUCAAUCAUCACGAAAAGCUCGUCACCUUGUUUAGACGCAGAAAGGAGGCAAUGUGAUGAGUUGCAGAAGUAUUAUCUUAUUAUCAACUUUUACUUACGGGGGGCGGAGCUAGGGGCCAGGAAACAGCGCUAAUGCUAGCGUUAGCAUUAGCAGUCCUUUGGUAAGUGCUUAACAUUUAUUAGAAAUUGUGCCAAUGAACUGCGGGGGGGGGACGUAUUGCCUCAGAAGAUGCUGGCCGGUCGGUGAUCUUCUCCGGUUCUCCCCCUCCUCGGCUGUCGUCACUGGCAGGUAAGAGGCAACUUGAUUACGUUUCUGUUGUAAAAUGACAUCUAGAAAGACCGGAGUCCUCCUUUUUAGGCACAGCAUCGAUUUGUAAACGGGUCACAACCAAGGCUUUUCUUCUUUUGCCGACUCUUGAGUAAGAAAAGUAGCUAUUGGUUGUCCUGGAAGUCUCCAGAAGUCGCAUGAUGGCGUCAUCAACUAAUCUGCAUAUUAUUUGCAUAUAGUUUGUAACGGAUGCUGCAGAACCUCCUGGUCAAAAAGCGGAGUAAAAACGUAUAUAACCAUAACGUGUAUAACCAUAGUUACAUUUAGAACAACAAACCUGAUCACUUCAUGAAAAUAGUUUUUAUAUUUUAUCUUAAUAUUUGAUCUCGGCCAGGUCGUCUCUAAAUCCAGGGGCGCUCGUAAAUAGAGCAAUGUCUCCCUCUGCUGGUGGGAUUAGCCCAGCACUCAUUCAGUCUGUUGAAUGCAGUUUGUCAGUCAGGUUAGUUUGUUUCUCUUAUUACUUUUCAUGUUUUGUUGCCAUUGGUUGCGGUUUUGUGUUAUUAUUUAGUUAUAUUGAUUCAGUAUCAACGUGUAUUUUUCUCUAUUCUCUACAGUGUUGUAAA